AUGAAUAAAUUCAGGGGUCUAUUUGUUGGAAAUAUGAGAAAUUUAAUUUUGUGGCGUUGGAGAAAGGAACAAGUUGGAGCUGCUCGAGUCUUUGUUUUUUUGGUCGCGUUGGCGGGACAGUCUGUCAUGCUUGUGUUUGCCCCUCUGUUUUCGCUUGUAUUUACGAGUUUUGCCAUUCUAGUUUUCUGA